UACUAUAAAUCAUCUCUCUAUAAACAUAUUAAUGCAUUACAACUAAGUUCUGUGAGCUCAAAUCAUAAACCCAUACUGAGUGAGAAUGAUAGGUGAGAGGAUUGUGGUUUGCAUGGUGCUGUUAUCGUUGAUGAAAGCAUCAUUUGGUGUGAAAAGACAUUUUUACAAAUGGAAUGUAGAGUAUAUGUUCUGGUCACCGGAUUGUAAAGAGAACAUGGUUAUGGGUAUCAACGGACAGUUUCCAGGGCCGACCAUCAGAUCACGAGCAGGAGAUUACAUUCAUGUUCAGCUUACUAAUAAGCUUCACACUGAAGGAGUUGUUAUUCAUUGGCAUGGAAUUCGACAGAUGGGAACGCCAUGGGCAGAUGGUACUGCCUCCAUUUCUCAGUGUGUUAUUAAUCCCGGCGAAACAUUUAAUUAUAGAUUCAUUGUCGACAGGGCAGGAACAUAUUUUUACCAUGGACAUUAUGGAAUGCAAAGGUCAGCAGGGCUAUAUGGGUCAUUAAUAGUUGAUGUGGGCAAAGGAGAAAAGGAGGGAUUUGAAUACGAUGGUGAAUUUGAUUUACUAUUAAGUGAUUGGUGGCAUCAAGGUGUUCAUCUCCAAGAACUUGGCCUUUCCUCCAGCCCUAUACGUUGGAUCGGUGAACCCCAGAGCAUACUCAUCAAUGGAAGAGGGCAAUAUAACUGUUCCCUAGCAGCGCACUAUAGCAAAAACCCUAGCCAACAAUGUAUGUUAAAAGGUGGUGAACAAUGCGCACCCUAUAUUCUGCAUGUGGAACCACAAAAGAAAUACAGGCUAAGAAUUGCCAGUACCACUGCCCUAGCUUCUCUCAACUUCGCCAUUGCUGGUCACAAGAUGGUGGUGGUAGAAGCAGAUGGGAAUUAUGUGGAACCAUUUAAAACUAAAAGCUUGGACAUUUACUCUGGAGAGAGCUACUCUGUCAUAAUUACCACAAAUAAAAAUCCUUCUCAAAACUAUUGGAUUUCUGCGGGUGUUAUAGCAAGACCACCCAAUACUUCUCAAGCCCUAACUCUUCUAAAUUAUGUAAAUGUGUCUGCUUCAAAACUCCCUAAAUCCCCACCUCCUCAAACCCCUACAUGGAACGACACCGCUCGUAGCAAAGCAUUCACUAACCGCAUUUUAGCCAAGAAGGGUACUCAUCCCCCUCCCAUAAAUUACGACCGUCGCAUCGUUCUGCUCAACACCCAAAACAGGCAUAACGGCGUUAUCAAGUGGGCUUUAAACAAUGUUUCCCUCUCAUUGCCCUUUACUCCAUAUUUAGGAGCUAUGAAAUUUGGUCUCCACCAAGCUUUUGAUCAAGCGAAGCCACCCGAGUCGUACGACAUGAGUUAUGAUGUGAUGAAACCAGGGGACAACCCUAAUACGACAAUCGGAAAUGGGGUUUACAUGCUGGGUUACAUGACAACGGUGGACGUGAUACUUCAAAAUGCAAAUGCAUUAAGCAAAGGAGUGAGCGAAGCGCAUCCGUGGCACUUGCACGGGCACGACUUUUGGGUGUUGGGAUAUGGAGAAGGGAAGUUCAGUGAGAAAGAUGAGAGGAAGCUGAACUUGAAGAAUCCACCGUUGAGAAAUACAGCAGUGAUUUUCCCAUAUGGAUGGACUGCACUAAGAUUUGUAGCGGACAAUCCAGGAGUCUGGGCAUUUCACUGCCAUAUAGAGCCACAUUUGCAUAUGGGUAUGGGUGUUGUUUUUGCUGAAGCUGUUGAACGUGUUAAGAAUAUACCUUCAGAGGCCAUAUCCUGUGGUUUGACUGCCAGGAGGUUCAUCAAUACCACUAAGCUUCAUGCCUAGAACUAUUCCCUACUUCAUAAUUGUUAAAGCUAUAACUAAAAGUUGCUUUCACUGUGCACGGAUUUGAGUCUACCAGAACUCGGAAUUCACAAAUCAAGGAUGUAAUUUAUUUAGUAUAUGCUUAAUAUGAACCCUUUCACUUUCCCUA